UUCCUGUACAAUUUCUAUGACGGAAGCGCUUAAAAAUUGGCGGCGGGAUCCGGAAACAGUAUUAGAAUUUUCCUGAGCGCAAUUGCAGACGAUAUACGGACGCCUGUCCACGAUUAAUUGAAAGAAAAAAAAAGAAAGAAAGACAGCUGACACAGGGCACAGCAGACAGCCAGAAUGUCAUCGACAUCCCAAAAACACAAGGAAUUCGUAGCCGAGCCCAUGGGCGAGAAGUCUGUGAUGGCGCUGGCAGGAAUCGGGGAGGUUUUGGGGAAACGACUGGAGGAGAAAGGCUUCGAUAAGGCAUAUGUUGUCCUGGGCCAGUUCUUGGUGCUAAAAAAAGAUGAGGAACUGUUUCGUGACUGGCUGAAGGACACCUGUGGCGCUAACGCCAAGCAGCAGGGCGACUGCUACAGCUGUCUACGUGAAUGGUGUGACUCCUUCCUGUAAUCCCACCCUCUGGCACUGUGCCUUUUCUCACAGUCUCAUCCACGUCGUCUCCAGUGCUCGAGUUGCCACCACAAAUCUGUAUAUCAUCCACGUUCUCCUACACUGUGUAUAGACUGUUCCUCGCACACAGUACCUCUUACAAUGUGUAUGUUGGGUUUUGGUUUUUGGAGGAAUGACUGAUACAGAUGGAUAUGAUGGAAUUAGUACUAUUGAACCCGAAGAUGGAAUAUUUUAACUACAACAUGAAAAAUCGUUCUUUUUAUUUUGAAUUUAACAUUUAAUAUCCUAAAACAUGUUCACUUUGGGGUACAGUUUUAUGAAAUAUUUGGUAACUCUUUAAUUGGUCAUUUCUUGGAUUUUCUCACCCUGAUGUAAGUGUUGUAUUUUAAAUAAAGAAUUGCAAGGCAGUCCUGUUUUGUGAUAUGAGAACUCCAAAGUCAUGCUGAGCUCUUAGAGGUAUUGGAAAAAGCCCAGGCCCACAGAACCUACUAAAUAAAGUGAAAUAUAACCUUU